AAGCGUGAAUGAUAAAUACAAGUAGGAAGUUAUCUUAACAGUGUUGAAAUAUCUUAACAUUGUGAUGUUAACGUUAACAAUUUCUUUUACAUAUAUUUAUUUUUAUAAUAAAACCCCCCAGUUAAAUCAGUGUUUUCUUUGGGAUAAUCUUUAUCAAAGGAAGCGAAUAAUGCAUUAAUUUGCGUAAAAUAUUCAGGCGGUGACGCAAUAUAAUUUUAACCAUAAUAACUCAGUACACAGAAGUUCGCAAACAGAAUAGAAUAUAACAGUUAUACCUCUUAGUAUGGUCAAGGGCGAACCCAGAAGGGCAAAACAUAAAAACAAAAUGACCGUUUAGUUUUGAUUGUGUUCUGGAUUCCCAUAAGGAACUUAUAAUUGUGUAGAAAGAAGUACAGAAUUAGAUAUGCCAUCUACAACGGUGCAAUAAGGAAUUAUAUAAAGUGAUAAAUUUAGCAGAAUAAACACGACUUUGGUUUAUCUUAUUGUUGUUAUGAAAGUGAUGCUUGACCUACUUUAACGACAAUGUAGUUAUGAAACAGGACCAUAUUUAAUGUGCAUUUAAGCAUAAUUAUAUGACAGUUACUAUUGAAAAUUGAAUGGAAACUAUUUAUAUUUUGUACAACCUUUGUCGCUGCCAUAGGAUUUCUUCUCGGCAAACCUGCAUUGCGUCACAAGAUAUUCAAUUAGGUGAGGACACAGAGUUAUGUGAAGAAACAUUUGUUCAAAAUGGCAACCAGAAGAGAACAUGGAAGCGGAACCGGAAGUGAUGAUUUCUGUCGAAACGUGCGACGAUUAUCGACUGACAUUGAACAAAUAUCGAUUGGAUUAUCGGAGCAGAUGAGAUCUGUUAAUGAUAACAUUAACAAUCUAACACCGGAGCAGAUAACUGAGGCACUUGCCCAAUUUAUGAAGGAUACCAAUGCCUUGGAAGAGUUAAAACAGAUCACGGAGAGAAAGAUAAGUGAGCUGAAAGACCUGAGGUUGAAGCUUCUGGAGCAUGCCAAAAACAGUAAUGAUAAUAUGAGACAAGUGCAAGGACGUGCAGGCACGCGAGACAGCGGUUACGCCUCAACAGAUUCUCAGCUUGUGAAUAGGUCCGCGUGCGAGACGUCAAGUUUGGUAACCCAACCGUCCGACGCUCACCCGGAGUUGGCUAGCGUCUCCAGUAUGUCAGGGCCCCAUGCGCUAGCAACAAAUAUGUCAAGGGUAUCUUUACGAGAAAGUGAGCAUGAAGAAAGGUCAGAGGCAGAAUGUUGAAAUAAAAUUUUGUAUAUAGGGCAGUGACAAUUCAAAAAUAAUGUGAUGUCAUCAUUGAACUGCAGAGAAAUAACACUCGUGCCAUAUGACAAACUGAUUUUACAGGCAUGAACUAUUAAGAUGUUGUAUAGUCAGUGAACUUCGGUGGAAAAACAAAUGUGCCAUUUGAAAUAUUGAUUAUACAAUCAUGAACUUUUCAGCUGUGUAGUAUUAACAUAUACCUAAAGGACAUUUGACAUACUGAUUAUACAAACAUGAACUAUUCAGCUGUGUAAUAUGAACAUUUUCCUAAAAGACAUUUGACAUAUCGAUUAUACAAACAUGAAAUAUUCAGCUGUGUAAUAUGAAUAUAUUCUUAAAAGACAUUUGACAUAUUAAUAAUACAACAUGAAAUAUUCAGCUGUGUAAUAUGAAUAUAUUCUUAAAGGACAUUUGACAUAUCAAUUAUACAAACAAGAACUGUUCAGCUGUGUAGUAUUUAUAUAUUCUUACAGGCGUGACAUAUUAGUCAUACAAACUUGAACUUUUCAGCUGUAUAAUAUGAACAUAUCCUUAAAGGCCAUUUGACAUAUCGAUUAUACAAACAUGAAAUAUUCAGCUGUGUAAAAUGAAUAUAUACUUAAUGGCCAUUUGAUAUAUCGAUUAUACAAACAUGAAAUAUUCAGCUGUGUAAUAUGAACAUAUUCUUAAAGGACAUUUGACAUAUCGAGUAUACAAACAAGAACUAUUCAGCUGUGUAGUAUUUAUAUAUUCUUACAGGCCACUUUUGGUUAUACAAACAUGAACUAUUCAGCUGUAUAAUAUGAAUAUAUUCUUACAGGCCAUUUGACAAACAGAUUAUAUAUGCAUGAACUAUUUAGCUGUGAAGUAUGAAUUGAUUCUUAUAGGUUUAGUUUAACAAUUCUGUAAGUAAACACUCUUCCCUUCACAAAUUAUCGGGGUGUAGCACUAGGUUGUUUAUAAGUCCUUAUCUUUUUUGCCCUCUGUGAGUUUUUAAUCAAGAAUUAUAUUUAAGAUAAGUCAAUAUAUUACCCCUAGUUUCGAACUCAGCCAUAAAACGCAUUAACCAAUAAACAAUACACAGGAAAUUAAAACCCUGCUUUGGCAUUAGGGCCAUAACAAAUGCUGAUCAGCAGGCGAUUAACAUGCCAGAUAUUCUUUAAACUAGGCCUUUAAGUGGUAUUACAGAGAUAUAUCGGAAUGCAUAAACCUCUAAAGUCAGUUUCACACUUAUUCAAUUUCAGAUAUCUCGCUGGUCAUACGAUCUAAAACACUUAUACUGUUCAUUUAAUAUGACUCUGAAAAUAUUAGGGAUUCGAUUUAAAUUAUGAAAUGACUAAAGAAGGUUUAUAAAUACAUCCCUUGUACUUAGAUUGUCAGCAUAUACCCGUUAUAUGCAACUUUAAUACGUUGGAAAAAAGUCAGUGCUGUACUGUCUAUUCAUUUAACAUGCAUAUUUCCUACAUAGGAUUGCUUAAGUCUCUUCCACCCAGAGCGUUUAUUACUAUUGUGUACAUCUUUUAUUUAAGUCCAACACUAGAAUAUCAUAAUAAAAAAAAAUACUUAUUCAAAUAAUAUUGAUUAUGAGAAACCACAUAAUUUGUAAUAAAAAUAAAUAUGCAGAACGUUUUUAAUGAUAAUAAAACUGGUUUCUCUAAUAGUUAUAAUUAACUUCUUUUCAAAUCAUAUUAUGCUGUUUCAAGUUUAUAUUUAUACAAAUUUAGCAAUUUUUUAACACUUGGUUCUAUUUUUAUUAAAAACAUACAUCUGUACAUAUAACAAAGUAAAAACAAGAUGUGUUGUGAGUUUAUCAUUUCUUCCAAUUAUAAGUGCUUUCGUGUAUACUAUUCUACAACGAAUUUAAUGCCUAGAUGUAUUAACAUAAUCAUACACAUUUCUUGUUCUCUAUAACUUCGGCUUGACAAACAAAUAAUAAAAUGCAUAGUUCAGUGUAUGUAUGUAUUUUGAUGACUUUUUAAAAGCAUCCACGUGUGCUUGACUGCCUAUACACAUAAAUAUGCGCAUUUAGAGUAUUCUUGUUCUAUGGUGCGUAUCAAUGAUUGCGACUAAAGACGCACUUUAUAUAUAUGUUAAAUUAUAUCAUUGUAAUGUGUGUUAUACGUUUCAUUUACAAAUGUAGCCUGGAAAACUUUGUCCAACGUUCUGUAAAUACUAAAUACCCCAUUUACAUCUAACAGGACUUUCAUUAUUAUUUGAACGUUUGAUUUACAAAUGAAGUCUGGUAAAUUUUGUCAACCAUGGCGUAAAUGUUAUAUCCCCACUUACGCCUUACAGAACUAUUGUUAGCAUAUGUUCGUUUCAUUUACAAAUGAGGUAUGCUUAACUUUGUCCAACGUUGUGUACUUACUAUAUACCCAUUUACGUCUAACAGAACUAUUAUUAGCAUAUAUACCUUUUAUUUACAAAUGAAGUCUGGUAAUCUUUGCCUACCAUGGCGUGAAUACUAUAUCCCAAUUUACGUCUUACAGAACUAUUGUUUACAUAUGUAAAUAGCUUCCUUCGAUGGCUAAAUGAAACACUUUUAGUUCAUGAUGAUGGUAGCCUACAUGACUCUGUUUGUCUGUAAACUUUCACAUCUGUGUCUAUAACAAGAUAACAAGGGUGGAUAAUUUUGAUGUAUCAUUUAUGUUCAAUUGAAAUGCAUUUUUAUGUUAUGUGUUUUAUGUCAUGCUAUGUUUAUUAUUUGUUCAUGUCGUUUUUGUGUAUUAAGAGAACCAUUAUUAUGGCUAUCAUCAGUUUUAUGAUGUAAGUAAAUGUAAUAUUAUUUUAGCCUUAACACUUAAGACCUUGAUCUGAAUGUUAAAGAAUGGAUGCUGUUAUGUAAAUAUUUCAGACUCAUCAUUAAUAAUGUAUUAUAUGUGUUCUAUAUUUUUAAAUGCUCGUUAUUGUAUUGCUGUCUUACUUUUGCCUCAUUUGUUCAUAACGUUAAUUGUGUUGUUAUGAUCAUGAUGUUCGUUCUGUUUUAAAUAUGUCCCUUGUGUCGAGAAAAAAUGACACACAAUGUGUCUAAAUAUGAAAUUACUGUAUGUAUUGUUAACAUGACAUUAACGCCAUCUUCGAUCUAAUACAUCUAUCUAUACAUUGUCAA